AUGGGGGACAUGGGGAUGGGGAUGGGCCCUGAGAUGGGCGGAGGAGGGGGCGGGGAAGAAGAGGAUGAGAGACAAUUCUACUCCUCCGAGAACGUUGCUCACAACACGAAGGUGCUGGAGUACUGCCGGACAUCGCUGUGCGCCGUUGGGGGAAUCGUGUCCGUUUCUUUGAGCUUGAUGGUGAAAAUGGGCACCACGGACGUGUCUCUGUACACGGCGGGGAAGGGCAAGCUGGCGAUGUUCGCCUUCGGAGGGGUUGGCAACUACGCGUUGACGUACAUCCUCUUCUGGACGCUGGCGUACACGUUAGUCUACAUCUACUAGCGCGGGUGCUCGUGCGACGGCGGCACAUCUUUGUGUUGUCCAGAGGGUGGCGGUGUGGGGCAAAAGUGUCGGGGUGUAAGAAUACGAGGAUGGGUGUAUGUGUUGAUAACGCAAGCAAACCAGUUGGUCCGAGUGCAUUGUUUGUGGAGCGCUUUCAUCUGUGUGAGAUGAGGAUGCUUCCCCGUUUUGUUUUGUGCUACAAAGUAUGCCAGCUAGGGCCGCUAUAAAGUACGAAAGUCGGCAGGCUUCGUGCUGCGGUCCGUCGUUCGUCGCGUAAUUUCAUUUUGGCCAGCGUGACACGGAUUGGACUAGACAGGCCGCAGAGAUUUUGAGAUUCGGCUACGUGGAAGCUCGUAUCCAAUGGACUGGUUGAGCGAGGCCAUUCACCGCCACCAUGCCCAUGCCCGCUCUUGCCCCCAGGAGAGAACAAUACAAUUAUU